CGUGGCUACAAAAGGACCGAUCUUAAAAUAACGUCUUUACGUUCUCUAGCUUUAUCAGAGCCCAAGCUGUCGUUAUGUCACAGUCGCUACAAUGAGGCUUCUAAAGUAAACGAACGCGAUCAAUAUGUUCCUCUAUGCGAGAGUGAUGGAUCAUAUAAACAAAUUCAGUGCAACUCAGCAACAGGAGAAUGCUGGUGCGUCGAUGGCGAUGGAAGAGAAAAACAAGAAACCCGACAAAUUGGAAAGCCAAUUUGUGAUUCCCAGGAGGCUGUAAAGAACUGUUCGUUACCUCCAGAUCCUGGACCGUGUAAAUCUUCAAUGCCUUCAUGGUUCUUCAACAGCACUGCAGGGGUGUGCUCUGCGUUUAUUUAUGGAGGGUGCGAUGGUAACAACAACAGAUUUAACAGUUAUGAUGACUGUCAAGCCGGCUGCAAUGGUCGAAAUUUAACUUUCUGCGAGUUGCAACGUGAGAUAAGUACCGGACGCUCUGAUGAUUUUAUUCCUCGCUGCAAAGGGGACGGCGAAUUUGAACCAGUGCAAUGUCACCGUCUGUCAGGCGUGUGCUGGUGUGUAGAUGAAAUCGGCAUGGAAAUUCCUGGUUCACGAACACCAAGAGGCUUGCCUAAAUGUAACGGAACAAACGGCGAUACCGGAGGCCGACGAAGCAGAUGAAAAUAUAUUUCCUGACAGGAACCUUCAUGUCAGUGAAAGUGUGGCAGCAAGGAAUUUAUAUAUGCUUCAACCUAACAUAUGCUUAGCAUUUUGUGUUCACUCAAAGGCGUCGUAAGACCUGUUUCCUUUAACACUCAAUUUUGUAACAGAAAUAUCACUUCAUCGAAAACAGUUUCCGAGAGGAAGAGAAAGAGAGAUAGAAAAAAUUAUUAUACUUAGGUAUGGAAACAAUUUUAAGCAGGUCACUUUUUUUUCCCUUUGGUUUCGUCUCCUCAGCGUAAAAUAAGUCUCUAAUGCUAUUGCUUUGGAAGAUGACCUGUUCUUUGCGGUGUAAAUGUCACAAGAAGCUGCUGUAUAUAGCCAGUCGUCCUGAAGAGCUGUCACGAGAAUUUUGUACUUUUGAAUCACAUUUAAUUUCUAGUGACAUUUGUGCAAGAAAGCUCCUGCGUGUGUGAGCCUUUUCAAGCGACCAACUGCAUUUGUAUUUAUGUUGAAAUUGAGACCACAAUUAUGGCGGCUCGCUGCUAGCAUGCUGUUAAGUUGACGAGCCCGUAGCUAUAGUAUAAGUAGUUUUGUGUUUCUGUCAUGAAAUGCAUCUGUGUUCCUCAGGCGUAAUGGGGCGCGGUAUUUUAGAGAUAAAGUCGAUAGAUGGGACUGAUGUAUUUAUCGUGGGCAAUUCAGUGGAGGCUCUACCGUUAUAGGCGGUCAUGUUAUUUCUGAGGAAAAAAAGCUAAUAAAAAAUAUAACGGCAAAGUAUCCUUUGUUUCUGAUGUGUUUUCUUCUUUCGACUUUUUUACAGAUGGUAGAGAGCUCUAUUUUACAACCUACAUGUAACGCUGUCUUAAUUUCAAUGAUUGCUUAAUAAUUAUAAACGAAGAUUUUGAUCGUUUUCCCAGAAAUUCAAUAAAGCCCGGUUCCGUGUAUGACAUAUCCCCGUUAUAAGAAUCAAUUCUGCGAGUCUCUUGGUACUUCGCUUGUAAUAAACUUUAUGUCCGCUUCUGGUUGCAUUACUCGGUGUUGGUGAGCCUGCAGCUCUUCUGAAGAUAUCUGUACGGAUCGGAAUAGAUUCUUAAAGGUCCUUCUGAACUCGGGCAUUCGCGCAUAAUAUACGAUGGGAUUGACAAAUGAAUUGGCUAGCUGUAGACAUCUUCCAGUGUAAUGAAGUAACUUGCGUAGUUGGUCAAUGCGCACCAAGUAGGAUAUUAUGUAGCUCACUGUUAAAGGCUGCCAUGCUAGCACUGAUAACGAAGUUACAAUGAAUAAAGUCAUGGCAAGCUUCUUGUUUUGUUCGCGUCUGUCUACUGGUAUCCUCGGAUCCUCGUUUCUUUUGGCAAUCCUAUUGCCAAGUACGAAGAUGGAAUAAGCACCAAGCAGAGCAUCAAGAAAGAUGCUCCGAUUAUGGUGGCGAUUUUGAUGCUGAUGAUUUCGAAAGCA